AUGGAGACGCAAACACCCAAAGCCAGCUCCAGGAGGGAUCCCUCUCCCCAAUCAACGGCGGCGGGCAACUUAGACUCCGAUCCCGAGAAGGUGCUUCCCGUUGACCCAAGGAAAUCUGAUUUAUCUCUCGGCGGCGACGAAAAGGGACGUGAUCUCAAAAAGGGCGCCGAGGACGAUGCCGCCAGUGUUCGAAGCGGUAACGAUGUGGCCGCGCCGGCUCCGGCUGGGUCUCCGCCGAUGGAUUUCCCGGACGGUGGGACGCAGGCGUGGUUGGUUGUUUUGGGAGGAUGGUGUUCGCUGUUUUGCACCUUUGGUUUGGUGAAUUGUAUCGGCGUGUUUCAGGAGUAUUAUACGCGGGACUUGCUGUCGGGGACGAAUCCGUCGACGAUUAGUUGGAUUUUGUCGAUUCAGGUGUGGAUGAUGACGUUUCCUGCUGCGAUUUUUGGCCGCAUCUUCGACGCUCACGGCCCCCGAUGGCUGCUCCUCGGCGGCACAGUCACCUACAUCUUCGGCCUCAUGAUGACCUCCCUCUCCACAAAAUACUACCAACUCAUCCUCGCCCAAGGCAUCGUCUCCUCCCUCGGCUCCAGCGCCAUCUUCAACGGAACCCUCUCCUCCGUCGCCGGCUGGUUUCUCAAGCGCCGCGCCACCGCCUUCGGCAUCGUCGUCUCGGGAUCCUCCGUCGGCGGCGUCAUCGGCCCCAUCAUGCUGCGCCACCUCAUCGACCGCAUCGGCUUCCCCUGGGCCGUCCGCGCCAUCGCCUUCAUGUACCUCGGCCUGCUGACCAUCGCGUGCGCUACCAUCCGCUCGAGGAUGCCGCAUAAGAAGACGCCGUUUGUGCUGAGGGAGUACUUGGAGGGGUUGAGGGAGCCGGUUUUUGCUACGACGUGUUUGGCGUUUUUCUUGUUUGCUUGGGGGAUGUUUUUGCCUUUUACGUAUAUUAUUUUGCAGGCGCAGAAGCAGGGGAUGGAUCCGAGUCUUACCAUGUACCUCCUCCCUAUUAUGAACGCUCUCAGCAUCAUCGGCCGUAUCCUCCCAGGCUUCGCUGCCGACAAAAUCGGCCGCUACAACGCCAUGAUCGUCGUCGGCUUCCUCACGGCCCUCUUCACCCUCGUUCUGUGGAUCCCUGGAAAAUCCAACGCCGCCAUCGUCGUCUACAUGGUCAUCUUCGGCUUCACGUCGGGCGGCUUCAUCAGUCUCAGCCCGCCGCUCAUCGCCCAGAUCUGCGACAUCCGCCAGAUCGGAACCCGAACCGGAGCCGCCUUCGCCAUCCAGUCCUUCGGCGGCCUCACGGGCUCGCCCAUCGCGGGAGCUAUCGUUUCGGCGCAGGGGGGCGAUUAUCUUGGCUUGCAGCUGUUUUGCGGUAUUACUAUGAUGGCGGCCGUGGUUGUGUUCAUGGUCGCUAGGUAUAUGCAGGCUGGGUUCAAGCUGAAGGUUAUAUGA